AUAAAAAUUUGGAGUCCGGAGGAGUCUGCAGUUUUAAAGACCGAUCCCACUCACCAUUCUCAUUUUGUCCGUUUCCUUCAGUCUCCUCUCCUUUGCUCUCACUAGUACUCAACAGUCUCCGGCGCUUCUUCUUCCGAUUCUCCGUCGUUUUACUCUGUUUGGUUCGUUAUGGGUUCAAGGGGUGAUAAGGGAAAGAGCGUCUCUUCUUCGGGUGGUGGUGACGGCUCUAACGCGGAGGUUGAACAGCUGGUGAAAGGCUUUUCAGAGACGAAGCUGGGUGGUGGUCCUUCACAAGACGGUGGUGGAGAGUGGGAGGUCAUCUCCAAACGGAACAAGAACAAGCCUGGGAACGGUGGUGGGAAAUCAUGGGCUGCGACUCCUAACCAGAACCCUCCUAGAGCGUGGGGUGGUCAGCAACAGCAGCAGCAGCAAGGGAGGGGUGGUAACAAUGGCUACGGAAGAGGAAAUGCCAAGACUUGGGGAACGCAAGUCUCUGCUGGGCGGGGAGCUGGUCGUGGACAAGCGGUGAACAGAGGGUAUGGUGGUAACAACCCGACGCCUGUGACUCGACCUCCUCUGGAAGGAGGAUGGAACUGGCAGUCUAGACCGGGUGCUGCUCAGCAGGCUGUUGCUGAGGAGGAGGUUCCAGAGGCGGAUGAUGUUUCUGAAGGGGAGGAGGAUGAUUGUGAUGGUUUGGAUGAUUCUGACGAAGACCUUGCGAGUGAUGACUAUGACUCCGAUGUGAGUCAACAAAGCCAUGGGACGAGGAAGCAGAAUAAGUGGUUCAAGAAGUUUUUCGACAGCUUGGACAGCUUGUCUAUUGAGCAGAUCAACGAGCCGCAGAGGCAGUGGCAUUGUCCAGCUUGCCAGAACGGGCCUGGUGCUAUUGACUGGUACAACCUUCAGCCUCUUCUAGCUCAUGCGAGGACAAAAGGUGCUAGACGUGUUAAGCUCCACAGGGAACUUGCUGAGGUUCUAGACAAGGAUCUGCAGAUGAGGGGAGCAUCUGUCAUUCCCUGCGGUGAGAUUUACGGGCAGUGGAAGGGUUUGGGUGAGGAGGAGAAGGAUCAUGAGAUUGUCUGGCCGCCAAUGGUUGUCAUCAUGAAUACUAGACUCGACAAGGACGAGAAUGAUAAGUGGCUUGGCAUGGGCAACCCGGAGCUGCUGGAGUACUUCAACGAGUAUCCUGCAAUUAGAGCACGCCAUUCCUAUGGUCCACAGGGCCAUCGUGGGAUGAGUGUUCUGAUCUUUGAGAGUACAGCCACUGGCUACUUUGAGGCUGACCGUCUACACAGGGACUUAGCUCAGAAAGGGUUAGAUAGAGACGCCUGGGACCGUCGCCGGAGUUGGUUUUCUGGAGGUGUUCGCCAACUGUAUGGCUUCCUUGCGACCAAGCAGGAUUUGGAUGCAUUCAAUCAACACUGCCAAGGUAAAACAAGGCUGAAGUACGAGAUGAAAUCGUACCAGGAGUAUGUUGUGAAAGAGCUGAGGCAGAUCGCUGAAGACAAUCAGCAGCUAAACUGGUUCAAGAACAAGCUGACAAAACAGAACAAGCACGCCAAGGUGCUUGAGGAGUCUCUGGGAAUAUUGAGCGAGAAGCUGCGUAAGACUGCAGAAGAUAACCGUAUCGUGAGACAGAGAACAAAGAUGCAGCAUGAGCAGAACAGAGAAGAGAUGGAUUCACAAGACAAGUUUUUCAAAGAGUCCAUCAAGCAGAUACAUGAGAAAAGAGAUGCAAAGGAAGAGAACUUCGAGAUGCUGCAGCAGCAGGAGCGUGCUAAAGUGGUUGAUUUGCGAAAGAGAGCUGAAGAAGUGUCCAGCUUCAUAGAAUGUCAAGAGAAGGAGAUGAAAGAGUUUGUGGAGGAGAGGGAGAAGCUGAUAGAAGAGCAGGAGAAGAAGAUGGCAGACUGGAAGAAGAAGUACUUCGAGGGGAUGCUUGAUCUAGAGAGGGAGUUUGACAAGGCGUUGGAGCAGCUCAUGAGCAAGCACGGCCUCCACGAUGCAGAUGACACAGAAGACUACUAGCUUGGCGAGAUUGGAGCAAAGACUAUUCUCAUUCUCAGUAGGGAUAAUAAUAAUCUAAGGAGAUUUUAAGACACUAUUAUUAUUCUCCAUUUUCAGUAAGUCGGCUAAGGAAGAAGUAUUUUGUGACCAAAACUAAGGGGGCUGUAUUCAACUGAGAGUUUUAGGUGAUUUGUAUUAAAAUGACAAAUCCACUGUUAUUGAAACAUAGAUUUUAAAAUUUUAUUUAAAAUCCACUGUUAUUGAA